AUGGUGUAUGGUAAGGGUUGUCAUUUGCCUAUGGAGUUGGCACAUCGGGCGCAUUGGGCGAUCAAGACUGUUAAUGCGGAUUACGACGAGGCGGGUAAGUUGCGGAAAUUACAAUUGAGCGAGAUAGAAGAAAUUCGAGAUGAGGCGUACGAAUGCGCAUCGGCUUAUAAGGAUAAGCUAAAGAAAGUACAUGAUGCGAAGUUACGCAAGAAAACGUUCGAAGUGGGUCAGAAGGUUUGGUUGUACAACUCUCGGUUGAAAAUGUUUGCGGGCAAGCUUAAAAGUAAAUGGAUGGGUCCGUAUGUUAUUCGACGAGUUGGGCAAUUUGGUGAUGUGGAUAUCCAAGACGAGCAAACGUUGAAACAACAAACGGUGAACGGUCACCGCUUGAAGCCAUACUUGGAAGGAAAUGACAUCAAUAACUUGGAGCUUGACAAAGCGGGCUACAUCUUACGCCCGGUUGAGGAGGAACAAUCGUAA